CCGAGCGCGCCCUGCGCCCGUUCGCGCGGUUUAUCAAAACUCUGAUAAUGUCGAACUGUGCGCGUUCAGUAAACGGCAACAAUAUUACUUAAAACCAGCCGCAUCGACGGCCGGCGCAAAGCACAGCCGACCUUCGUGCCGCGAGCACAUCCUGUGUGCAUUUAGCAAAAACAAACACAAAUACAAACAAUAAGUAAAGCAAAAAACUCAGUCCGGUUUAGUCCACCCGGCUCAACUAAAAAUAAAAAGUAAAAUCUUCGCGAGUAGGAAUAACUCGGUGGAAAUAAAUAUAUUUGUAAAAUUGUGAGAGUUCAAGUUUAACGUCUUUAGGAACUUAGUGGGUGCCCUGCACCCACACUUUCCAAGUCCAACUUGUAAGUAAAUUGAGUGUGAUAUGAUAGUGAUCGAAAGCGACAGUGGUGUGUUGAGAAAGUGACUCUACCGUGAGUGUAAUAAGGUUCCUCGGCUGCAUCACACUGGAGACCACUUUCAUUCGUAAAGAUGCAGGCAUCGUGGAUAUUGCUGGCAAUCUGGCUGGUACCCUUUGCUCAGUGCGACACGGGAACCAAAUUCGACCCAACACCUGAAAUUUACGAGCCAUCAUGGACGUACAAAUGCGUACCAGACGAGGGUUGCCAGCGGUCGGAGAUGCCUCAAAGACACCUAGUGGUGAACACGAGUAUGCACUUCGAGAGCCUGAGCGUCUGCCGUACGGUCUGCGGCCGCUUCGGGGGACUCUGGCCGCGGCCGGUCACUGCCGCCAUCAGCAUGCAAACUAUCCAGAUACAUCCCAACUUCCUCAGGUACGAUUUCAUCGACGUGCCACCCACUGCGCGCAAGCUGCUAGCAUCAAUGACGCACGUCAUCUCUCAGAACCUGCUGGCGGAGUGUCGAGGCAACGUGACAGAAGUCGUUGACACCACCGUGGUCGUCUACAUCAGCGUCAAGUCUGACAACAUCGCGCUCACCUGGGACACUGACGAGCAGUACAUGCUGGAUAUACAGUCUAAAGAGGGAAAGGUAGCAGUCCAUGUUUUUGCUGAGACCGUUUACGGAGCGAGACAUGCUCUUGAAUCAUUCUCUCAGUUGGUGGCAGCGGAUAUGCCCGACUACACCGAACACUACGUCUGUAGCCUCAGAAUCGUCGCAGGAGCAAAGAUCAGGGAUCGUCCAGCGUAUAAACACAGGGGCCUCCUUAUAGAUACUGCCAGAAACUUCAUUCCGAUUGAAGAUAUAAAGAGAACAAUUGAUGGCAUGGCAGCGACGAAGAUGAACGUAUUUCAUUGGCACGUGACGGAUUCCCAAAGUUUUCCUUUGGAGUCAACUCGGGUACCGCAAUUCACAAGAUACGGAGCGUAUUCAGCAAUGGAUAUCUACAGCGCAGAGGAAGUGCGCGAGUUGGUGGCGUACGCGCAGGCGCGGGCCAUCCGCGUCGUUGUCGAGAUCGACGCGCCUGCGCACGCCGGCAACGGCUGGCAGUGGGGCAAGGAGUACGGCCUAGGCGACCUGGCAGUAUGCGUCAACGCGAAGCCGUGGCGUCACUUCUGCAUCCAACCGCCGUGUGGCCAGCUGAAUCCAGCUAACCCAAACACGUACAAAGUUCUCCGAGAUCUAUACCAGGACAUUAUUGACUUCCAAACUCGCCCCAUUCUGUUCCAUAUGGGAGGUGAUGAGGUAUUCAUUAAUUGUUGGAACGCAACGCAAGAGAUCGUUACAUACAUGAAGGAUAAAGACAUAAAACUGGAUGCCGAGGGUUUCAUUGAGCUCUGGGCGGAGUUCCACAAUAAAGCAUUGAAGGUCUGGGACGAAGAGUUGGCGAAGGCUGGUGAAACGGGACUGCAGCCGAUCAUGCUAUGGUCUUCAGAACUCACGCAGCCGAAUAGGAUCGUAAGACACUUGGAUCCGAGCAGAUACGUGAUACAAGUAUGGGAGCCAGUGACUAGCCCCUUACUUCACGAGCUCCUCAGGAUUGGCUACCGUACCGUGUCUGUACCAAAGGACAUCUGGUACCUAGACCAUGGUUUCUGGGGUGCGACUACGUAUUCCAACUGGAGGAAGAUGUAUUCACACAUGUUGCCAGAUAGUAGUAAUAAUAUGUUGGGAGGAGAAGUGGCUUCUUGGAGCGAGUAUGUCGAUGCUCAGGGUUUAGACACGCGCGUGUGGCCGCGAGCCGCCGCGGUGGGCGAGCGACUGUGGUCGAACCCGUCGUCGGGCGCCAACGCCGCCGAGCCGCGCCUGCAGCGCCUGCGCGAGCGCUUGAUCAACCGCGGCCUGCGCCCCGACGCGCUCUCGCCCGGCUGGUGCGCGCACCACGACGCUAUGUGCAGGUAAAACAUAUAUUUAAGAACAAUUGACAAUCCGAUGUUAGUAACUAGUUAGCAGUUACAUACACCCUUAAAUAUAUUAUUAUGUUAGUAGAUAAGUGACAUAGAAUAGCCGAGUCCAUCUUCUCGGCAAUCAUCCUCAGGACUCUGCAAGUGCUCCCCCGCAGUCGCAGCAUAACCGAAGCUCUCUAUUUGCGCAUGAUUGUGUCGAAAUCCGCGACGUCCAUGAAUAUGUCCGACGCGCUGUUAAAACGUGGGAGCACCACCAGAAUCCUGAAGAUAUUCUUCUAGAGUACUCUCAGAGCAUUGUACGAAGCCAGCCCACAGUCCACUCGUGUGAAACCUGGACAAGACGCUUUGAAGAGCCUUGACUUUACGCCCAGUGUACAAUGAGCAAAUCUGUAGACAUGUUACCACGCACCAAUGACCUAACUUGUAUUUUUCUGGUUUUCCCUUCGCGGGUUGGGAGGUCAGGCAGGCAGUCGCUUCUGUAAAAAACCGGACCUGUCAAAUCUUCAGGUUAGGUAAUCGGACCUUGUGAAAAACGGGAUAAUGCUAGGAAGAUGAUCAUAUUAAUGUGAAAACCGUAUGUAAGGUUUCGUUCAGGGACACGCGGAGCGUCAAGCGUUUUUGAGUUAGUCACUAACAUACAGACAGACGCUGCGCGAGAUUUAGUUUAUAAUAUUUAGGUAUUACAGGGUGUUAGUGACAUCGUAACGAAAACUUUGAGGGGUGAUUCAGA